AUGGGCGAGUUCCUCCUCUUCGUCGCCUGCCUGCUGGCGUUCCACGUCGUCGAGUUCCUCGUCAUCAACAGCCUGCACCCAAACGCACCUGUCCGCGAGAGUCUGCUCCUCGAUUCCAACGCGUAUUUGAUCGCAAUGGCCUUUGCGUGCGCCGAGUACGCCUUCUGGACAUGGCAAGGGCUCUCUCGGCCCCUUUUCGUUCGCGUCUCGGGCCUGGGGCUGGUGCUGGCGGGCGAAGCCGUGCGCAAGAGAGCCAUCCUCGUGGCGGGCCGCAACUUCACACACAGGAUCGCCGUGGCGAAGCGCCCCGAGCACAGCCUCGUGACAAACGACGUAUACGCCUACAUCCGCCACCCCGCAUACUUCGGAUGGUUCCUCUGGGCGCCCGGGACGCAGGUUCUCCUGUGCAAUCCCGUCAGCACACUGGGAUUCACGUACCUGGCGUGGCGGUUCUUCAAAGUGCGGAUUCCAGUCGAGGAACGGUAUUUGUUGAGAUUCUUCGGGGAAGAGUUCGCGCGCUACCGCGACCGCACGCCGACCUGCAUCCCCGGCAUCCCCUAG